AUGCCUUUGAAUUUAACAAUUGCCGCCACAAUGCGAGCAGUGGCCUGGUUCGGCCAGGUAAACAAUGUCUCCGUCAUUGAUGUUCCUGUCCCUACCAUAGUUCACGAAACCGAUGCAAUUGUUCGGAUUACCUCAAGUGCGAUCUGUGGCUCUGAUCUUCAUUUUUAUCAUGGCUACACAGGUGCCGAUGAUAUCCCUUGGAACCUCGGACAUGAGGCGGUUGGAUACAUCGAAGAGGUUGGAAGUGCUGUCUCUUCCCUUACCGUGGGCGAGUAUGUCAUUAUCCCUGACAACGCUCACAACGGCCAUUACGGCCAAGAACACCCACUCUCGUUUGGAUCUGGAUCCCCAGACUAUGGCGGUCUUCAAGCCGAGUACGCCCGCGUUCCCUUUGCCGACCUCUCUCUCAUUCCGAUUCCGUUCAAUAAUCAAACAAACAAUGUGACUAAAGAGCUGGAUUAUCUGAUGCCAGGCGACACCGUUGCCGUCUUUGGUGCUGGACCCGUGGGGAUUCUAGCGGCGUACUCUGCCUUGCUUCGUGGUGCUUCACGAGUCUAUUCCGUGGACCAAGUGCCUGACCGGUUGACUCUCGCAGCAUCUAUUGGUUCAAUCCCUAUUCAGUUCAACGCCUCGGACCCCGUUCAGCAGAUCUUGGCUCGGGAGCCAAAUGGAGUCACGAGAGCUCUGGAUUGUGUCGGCUUCGAGGCCGUGGAUGCCGCCGGCGAGCGCGCUGAUGGAAUUGUACCCAGCCACUUGAUCUCUGUUGCUGCCGAUCUGGGAGGUAUCGCUAUCGCCGGUGUUUACACCGGCGGAGAAAACAGCACCAGAGGCGCCCCGAAUGCUGGCACCGUCCCUGCUAUGGUCCCGGUCUCUGUCAGCCACCUUUGGAGUAAAGCGUUGACUGUAGGAAGCGGAAUUGUUCUACCUCUUGAACAUGCUCAGCCCCUCGUUGAUCUGGUUGCCAGUAACAGAGCCAGCCCAAGCUUUGUGGUCAGCAGCAUCAUUGAUAUUGAAGAAGCCCCUGAGUACUACCGACGCUACAGCGAGCACUUGGAGCACAAAGUUGUCAUUCGCUUCCCGUAA